AUGAGUGUGCAAACAGGGGAGACAAUUGUACUCUACGCUGUUCUACUGCUCAACAUCGUGGCCUUCACUAACGAUGGGUGGAUAUGUGGAAGCCUCUACUCGCAGACGUGCCUCGAGGCAUCAUACGUGAUAGUGGUUGUGGUGGGUGUCCUCACCACGGCCAUUGUGCUCUCCCUCAUCGUCGCCAUCUUGCAAACCGUUGUCGCGUUCAUCGACCCCGACUCCAGCACGUCACGCAGACUGCAAGUGAGCGCCAAAGUGCUCGCAUGCCUCGUGGCGAUUCUCGACGUGUUCGCCAUCUUCUACUACUACAGUCACCUCACAAUACGCAUGUGGAGCCACAUCAUCGCUGCGCUGUGUGCAGGCAUGGCCAUGGCGAUCACCAUCACCAAACUCAGCUACGGCUAUAUUGCGGACCAAUGA